UAUCCAAAAACAGACAUUAACUAAUUAACUACCAGCCAUGGUAGUGGUAACAGCACUACCUCAAACCCUAACUUCCUGCAAUUCAAUUUCACCAAUUCUCAAACAUUUCCACCAAUUCUACACUAAUUACAAAGUACCCACUAAUCCAAAGCUGCAUAGCUCUAAUGGGUACCUGUCAAUUUCAGCUUACAUGGAGGAACCAAAUUCCAUUGCCAAUUUGGCAAACAAAAUAGUUGGUUCACUCCCUGUUGUUGGGCUGUUUGCUAGAAUUUUUAGUGAUGAGGGUGGUGUUGGUGGGGAUACUAUUGAUUUUGCUGAGUUUAGGAGAAGAGUUGGCAAACAGUGUACUAUUAAUGAGUCUAGUGCUUUUUAUGAGUUCCAAGAUAGGAGAGGCAAGGCAGGGGAUCCUCUGUAUGUUCUACUAUGCUGUUGGCUAGCAGCUACUGGUGCUGGUCUCCUCAAAUCUGAAGAAAUUUUGGAAGGGGUAGCAAGGCUUCGAUUAUCAGAUGAUAUUGAGUUCGAAGAACAGAAUUUUAUUCAAGCGAUGAACGAGGCAAAAAAGAAACGGGCAAAACUAAAUGUUGCGGCCCCUACUAUCCCGAUGGUGGCACGAGCCCAAAAGGCGCUUGAGGCAAUUCACAUCUGCUGCUUCGGAAAGGACCUUAUAGAAAAGGAAGAUGAGAGGUUGUUAUUUCAAAUGCUGUGUGCUGUUUUCCCAUCGGUCGAGCAGCCAGAAAUAAAAAGGAUGGUAGAAGACAAGGCAAAGAAAGUGGCUGAAGGUACUGAUGAAAUAAAUGUUCCUGAGCCGAGGAACUUGCCAAAAGACGCUGCAAAGAUGCAAAGGAAAGACCUAGAAUUCCUUCAACAAAAUAGAGAUACCUAAAAUGAAAAACAUAAUUGGUAAUACAGCUGCUGUAACUUCUGGGUGAGUGCCUACCGAUGAGUGCCUGGAGUUUUGUUACUUAUGUCGCCUUAAAUGCCAUAUCGUAUGCUGUACUACUCAGAAAGGGUGUGAAAAGAGGCGUCGUAAACCUCAUUACCAUUGUCAGGACAUGACAAAGGAUAAUUUUCUCAAAAAGAAGUUCGACAAUCGAUUCUUUUUCUUUUUGCUUCUUCUCCUGGAGCAUUCUUGUUACACUGCUGAUAUAACUAAUAGAAUCAUCUUUUCGUUUUCUUCUUA